CAUUAAACUGUGCAGCAGUUUAAAGACCAGCUCUGCCUUUCUUUGCAGGAUUCAAUCCGUACGAAUUAAGUUGUAUUGCACAGAGGAAGAACGAUUUUUUUUUCUCUGAUAUAUAUGUCUGAUACAACAUGAACAGACUAAUGAAUGCAUUGCCCGCUAGGAUAUCUUUCCUUGCCAAGGUAUUUUUGACCAGCUUUCGUGCACAAAUGUUAUAUGAAACUGAUUAUCAACAAUACAGCAAUUUGAAUAGAGAAGGUAAAGAAGUUUCUGUUCAGUCUUUACUUGGCGAGACGGAGGCCCGUCUUAAGAAAGAGACGUCUGAUUUACAAAAACUUGUUGAUAUUAAGGAAGAUGCAUACAAUCAAUUAAUGAUGAUGUACAGUCAAGGAAAAAUUCCUAAUGAUACAACAAUAGAUGAAAUAUGCAUCCGACAUCCAGAGUUGAUAAUAAAAAAUGCAGAUGAUUGUCAUAGAUAUUACGAUUGCUCUGGAGAAGCUUUGGGAUUAAGCGGAUGGGUAUCUUACGGUUUCUGGCCUUCAAAGUACAAACAUGAAUGUUAUUAUCCACUUAUGUUUUCUGAAGUAACACUGCGAUGUGAAAAUUAUACUAGCGUUGAUUGUGGGACAAGAUUUAAACCUACUUGGGAAUGUCGAUACUAUAGACCGCAAUGUAAGCUGUCCCACUGUAGUCUCUGUGUAACACGUCAUCCAAACUGCGAAGGCAAAACGGACGGAAAUUACCCAUACGACCCACGACGAUGUAAUUCAUACUACAAAUGUGACGGCGAAAGGUCUACUAAUGAAUAUUGCCCAAGUGGUACAGUUUUUGAUAGCGUAAAAAGAACCUGUGAGGUUGGAGGAAUAUGCUAGAAAAGUUUUCUACAAAAUAACAUAAAGUGUAACUUAUAACCAACAUCGAUCGGUUCCAAUUAUCGUUUUUCAGUGUAGCCUUGCAUUAAAAAUGUAAUUCUAAAGAAUGUGUAUAAAGUUUGGUGCAUUUACAAUUGUUAUAUUUGUGUAUUUGUAAUCAUUAGAAUCUCGCAAUUCAAAUUGGUGAAUUGUAUUUUAAAAGCUCUAUUUGAGUAUGAAAUGUGUAUGUAAUAAUUGAAAAAAAAAUGAGUAUUUGCUUAACUCUAGUGUUGCCCUUUUAUUAAUUCAAGUGUAGUAGUAUUGUUAAAAUUCAAAAGAUUUUUUUUCUUUUAUGACAGACAGUUAUGA